AUUGAGCACUUUGCACGUUUUGAACUAGGCUUUUUUUUGGUGGCUCCGUGCCUCGCUUACUCUGUAACUGGGUUAAAGGGCACUGGAUUUAAACUUUGAACGUCUCUGUUGGAAAGUUGCACGUGCCGCUCAGAGGGCAACGAGACACAGAAACCACCUGUUGAGGUGACGACAUCGUAAUCGCCUCUCCAGUGGCUCAUAAAAUUAGGGUUUUUUUCUUCUCUUGUGUGUGUUUUGUGAGUGCGUGUAUCGUGUUGUGUGUGAGAGUAGUACACAUUUCUGAUGCCGUUGCCAGUAAUGUACUCGGUGUCUUGAUGCUCUCAUUGGUGCGUCCCUCCAACGUGUCAUCGGUUUUGGUGGAUUAUCCCAGAUAUCUACAUGGUCGAAGGGCUGAGAAACCAUUCCUCUCGCUCAACUCCUGUCUCUGGACAUCUGAAGAACAUUUGAGAAACUUGUGACUUCCAAAGACCACUCGGGAAAGACGAUUAGAAGAUUUUUAUUUGUGUUUUUACGCACGUCUGGCACAGAUAUGCGUUUAUUUAUCUCAGAGUCGAGGAGGACGCAGUGGUUUUUGUUCCCGGCGUUUCUGUUUCUGGCACCUUUGCUGUUGAGGGGUCUCCAGGUCAGCGGUUCCCCGGGCUGCGCGUCCUGUGGCUUGCCGGCGAUGGAGAAAGUCGCCGAGGAAAGACUCAUGAUAGAAUUCGUCAAGCAGCAACUUUUGGAAAAGUUGCACCUAAAAGAAAGACCGAACAUCACGCAGACGAUCCCCCGGGCUGCGCUCCUUACUGCGCUGCGCAAACUGCACUUGGGGCGCGUCGGGAACGAUGGCACGCUUGAACUAGAAAACGCGAUACCCACCAAAGAUCAAGGCUAUGAAAUAGUGAGCUUUGCAGACCUAAAUGAGACAGGGAGUGGUGAGGCAGCGAACCUCAGUCUUACCUUCCAGUUUCUGCAGGAACGCGGCCAGAGUAUCCAAGUGCUCAAGUCUUCUCUGUGGAUCUACGUCCGCUCUUCUGAAGACCCGCAUCGAGACUCCCGCCUCUCUGCCCGGGUUUUUCUGUCUGCAGAAAGUGGGAUGUCCAUCUCCAACCGCACCCUGGUGAUGGAGAAGAUGCUGGACGUCCGGGAGAGUAACUGGCACACUUUCCCCAUCACCCACACGCUGCAGGCCUUUCUGGAUGGGGGCCAGCAACGACUUCGUCUGGAAGUCGCCUGCGAUGAGGAUGGGAGGAACCUUUGCUCCCUUCACGGCUCCGCUGACGCCGCCCAGCAGCCGUUCCUGGUGGCCCAAGUGCGUCCUCGCGACGAUCACUCCAAACACUCGCUCAGGAAGCGCUCGUUGCGUUGCGGCGAUGACGUAAGCGUGUGCUGCAAGAAAGAAUUCUUCAUCAACUUCAAGGAUAUCCAGUGGAACGACUGGAUCAUUGCACCCGAAGGCUACCAUAUGAACUACUGCAUGGGCCAGUGCCCCCAGCAUGUGGCUGGCUCCCCGGGCAUGGCCUCCUCAUUCCACACCACCGUUUUCAACCAGCUGAAGAUCAACGGCAUUGUCACGGGUGCGUCUUCGUGUUGCGUUCCCACUGAGCGCCGGCCACUCUCCAUGGUGUACUGGACCUCCCCUCGUGGCAUUGUCAAAACGGACGUCGCUGAUAUGAUAGUGGAGUCCUGCGGAUGUACAUAAAGAGUAGAUCAGAAAAGGAAAGAAACAUAAGACAUAAACAGAGGGGAUGUAAAUGUUAGUAAUUGUGUACGUCUAGUUGGGGGCAGCCAACUUUAUACAUGUUGUUAUUUGUACUUAAAAAAAAAUAGGUAAUAGGUUUGUUUUGUCCCGAAUUACACACACCAGUGUGUUGAAAUAGAGGCAUCAUUAAGCCGUUUUACAUGCACAAAAACAAUGACUUUAAGGUCACAGAGAAACAGGCCCAAAGACUAACUGUUUUUAUAUAUUUUAUGUCACACCUAAGUUGUUAUUUAAUUUCAAAGUCUAAAAGACAGUGUGAGAAGAACUAGUUGGUGAGAUAAUGUUGAGUGAGUUCCAAGAACCACUAUGUGAAUUUAAAUUCAGAGAUUAAACACUUAUAAUAUAUAGUUAAUCAAAAAGAGGUUUAAAACUAUGAGUCCACCUUAUUUCAUAAGAAACACAGAUUAGGGAGCCGUCACUGUAGUGUUUUUUGCAACAUGUAAGUUGUUUUUUGUUUUUUUCCAUAAUGGCUGCUAAGACAUCAGGAGCAGAACUGCCCAAACACAAUAAGCACACUUUCAACAGAAAUAAUUCCAUUAUGAUGCAAAGCUUUUACAACAGUGAUACAGAGUAACAGAUCCUCAAUUUAAAUUGUGCCUUCUCCAUUAACCUGAGAUAGCAAAGUGCUACUUGGACAUUGGGUAUCAAGUCGUUGUGGUCGAAAUACCAAAAAUAAUCCAUCCAGUUUUAUUCUGUCUUUUUCUAUGACACGAUGUUGACAUGACAUGUUUCAUUGUUUAUCCUCACAACAAACACUUUAAUUCCCUUGUGAGGUUGGGGUGAAGCCGUUUUUUAAGAUUGAACUGAAGUGCUUUAAAGGGGUGCAGUCUGACCUGCGUUCUGUCUGGGCACAGGCGAUGCUGAUAAGUUUGAAAUAUGUUUGGUCAGCAUCCUCACUGUAUUAUUUGCACAUGUCGGCUAAUCGGUUGGGUAACUGACGGCAUACAAACUCAAGGUUGUUUCUCAGCAGCCUGAGCAAACAUUUAGCUAUUGCCUCAGUGUCAGGUUGUGUGAAGGUCCUGGAGGCAAGCGGGUCAAUGAGCAUGUCGCGUUGCACGUUGCGUUCAUACCUCUCAAAGUCUAAUCCUUUCUAGAAUAAUAUAAUAAUUAGAGGCUUUCUAACUGAAGGCGAUCUGGAAAUAUCUUUAAGGGUUCUUUGUAUCGCAAAAGACACAACUUAUAGUCCUGGCAAUGAUUUAAAAAAAAGUGGAUAACAUUGCCAUGGUCACAUCUAAAAAAAUAAUUCAACCAUCUAUGCGCACGUGCUUUGUAAUUUGAUGGAAAGAGGAAUAAUAUUUUGCUGAUUAUUUUUGAUAUUUCAUUUCUUGUAUACCAACCAAGUGUUACACUGCAAAUAGUAAACAUGUCUGUUUACACCGAACUGUGUGAAAGCCAAAGAUAUUCUCUCCUGUCCUGGUUGAUGUAUCAGGGGUUUGUCCCCCUGCAACCUGUAUUGUACUUCUACACUACACAGGAGAGAUUGCAGGCAAUAAGACAAUACUUAAUUUCUAUCCCAAUGGCCCACAACAGGUUUAACCCCUGUCUGCUGCCGGAACAAGCUGCACUUAUUUUUUUUCUCUAACCUUUGUAAAAGAAGUCUGUUUUGUAUUAUUAUAUUUUGCAAGUUCCCUGCGUCCCAGGACGUAAUGUGACAUUGAGGCGCCACCAUAACAUAACUUAUUAAGCACUUUAACGCCCUACUGUAUUUUUAAAGCAAAUUCUGCUUGGAGGGUCUACUACCUUUAACCCAGGUGGGCAGUACAUGUAAAUACUGCAGGCCAACAUGAAGCAAAUGUCCAUCAUGUUAUUUUCGUAUGUUCCAGUUUGUUGAACUAGAAUGAAUAUAUGAAUUGGGUUAUAUGUGUUUGCAGAGCACACAGAUUUCUGUAUACUGUAACUGGUUUAAAUAGAGCCAGGUUGUGAUUUCUUUUGUCAAUUUAAAGUUGAAAUAUAUCUUUUUUUUUACAUAUUGCUAUAUUUACUGCAUAAUUAAUGAUGUGUAAUAGGAACUGCGUGCAAAAUGUCACAAUGUGCUGAAAUGACAUGAUUACAGUAAAAUUGUAUUUUGAAUAAAUACAUAUUUUAAAAUCCAAUCCAUUGUAUCUCUGCUCUUUAAACACAAUUGGGCCUUGGAACAGAAAAAAAAAU